CAACUUUGUAUAGUCAAAUAAUUAUAAAGCCACCCAACUCACUGAUAUUUAUUAUUAGCACCUGUGCUUUCCUGCCUGUACCAGAAGAACUAUCUUAUCUUAGGAGCAGAAGAACUGAAAGACAAGCUCGCUGCCACCGUUACUUACAUUUACAUUUUACACAGAAAAAUGUCGAAGUUUUUGCUUCUUGAGAAUUGUUUUUUUAUUUUCCUCCUUUCCAUUCAGAUUUUUCCGGUAGCCGUGAAGGCACCAUUUUGCUUCCAGUCUCCGCUUCGCACAGGCGCACUGAGCUCCUGCAAGCAAGACGAGCAAGGCUGCAGUAUGAAUCAGACUCUGAGCACCCCUUGCUGGCAUUGAAUGAAAUUACAUCAGUGCCACAUAAGAGGAUGAACUCACAGUUGGUCAGGUGCAUUUGUCAUUGUGAAAACUUGGUCAGUGAAACAAUCAAAAAUAAGUGCUUAGUAUGCAAUAUUAGCUUGAAAACUAUAUGACAUGCACUAGAUGAAACAGAUAUUAAAUAAAGUAUUCUGCAUCAGUGCUGGUUCUAUUUGCAGGAUGGAGAGGAAAUGCUGAUAAUGAAGUGCACUGUGGGUCUGAGGAGAGCCAACAGCAUGACUUUCCUAGAGGAAGCAUAAUUAGAUCGUCUUGACUGUCCAGUCCAGCUUGCUCUCACAGGAGAAGAGGGUCAACAACACGGUCAGGAGCAACAUUCCUGUAAGAGUGUGUCAAGGGGAAACCCCACAGCCUAUAUAGACAGCUGCUUCCUCUUCAGUCUGAAGCCAGUUCAACAAAAGGAGAAAACCAUCUAAAAGGCUGUAACUUAUGGAUUAUGCGCUGAUCAUCUUUGUCCUCACAGGAGCACUGGUCAAUGUUGCCUCUGCCCAAACCCGUCAGUUCUACUUUGUGAGCACACCAUUGAAUUGGACUGAUGCUCAGAGCUUCUGCAGACAGACCUACACUGACCUGGCCACCAUAGAAAACACAGCUGAUGUCAAUGCCGUCAUCAGCACUACAUCGUCCUACACAGGAGAGGCUUGGAUAGGUCUUUAUGAUGAGUUGAUAAACAGCUGGAGAUGGUCCCUGAAUGACAGCAGCUUCUAUGGUGCCGGAGAGACAGAGUAUAGAAACUGGGACACUGGGCAGCCCAACAAUCUCGGAGGACAACAGCACUGUGUGGAGCUUUUUACCGGGAGUCCAUACUUUGGCACAUGGGGUGACACUCAGUGCAGCGAUGUAAAACCCUUUGUGUGCUACAACGGUACAGCAAAUGGUACAGUAUCCUUUGUAAAGGUCGACACACAUCUGAAUUGGACCGAAGCGCAGAGAUUCUGCAGGGAGAAUUAUGUUGAUCUAGCCAGCAUACGAAAUCAGACAGAAAAUAGCAUCAUUACAAACCUGGCAGAUGGCAGCUUUGUGUGGAUAGGACUGUACCGGGAAAAACUGUGGUCUGAUGGAAGCACCUCUCUGUUUCGACACUGGGCCAUCGGGCAGCCAGACUUAAGUGGAGAGGAGUGUGUCACCACAUCGUUCAAUGACUCGGGACGGUGGUCAGAUGAAAACUGUGCCCUUAAUUUCUCAUUCAUCUGUUUCAAAACAAUUCCUCCAAACACAGACAGCUUCACAUCAGCAGGCCAAGAUGAGACCAGUAUCACUCUGCAGUGGAAUAAAGUCAACAACAACGUCAGCUUCAUUCUCCAGUUUAAUGGAACAGAGAUAAACAUCACUGCACCAGUUGGAGGUGGACCAGUAACUCACACAGUCUCAUCUCUCACUGCUGGAACUAAAUACACAUUCACUCUCUUCUCUGUGUUUGAGAAUGUCAGAAGCAGUGGAGUCAACAUCACUGCAGUCACUGCUCCUUCAAACACAGACAGCUUCAGAUCAGCAGGACAAGAUGAGACCAGUAUCACUCUGCAGUGGAAUAAAGUCAACAACAACGUCAGCUUCAUUCUCCAGUUUAAUGGAACAGAGAUAAACAUCAGUGCGCCAGUUGGAGGUGGACCAGUAACUCACACAGUCUCAUCUCUCACUGCUGGAACUAAAUACACAUUCACUCUCUUCUCUGUGUUUGAGAACGUCAAAAGCAGUGGAGUCAACAUCACUGCAGUCACUGCUCCUCCAAACACAGACAGCUUCACAUCAGCAGGCCAAGAUGAGACCAGUAUCACUCUGCAGUGGAAUAAAGUCAACAACAACGUCAGCUUCAUUCUCCAGCUUAAUGGAACAGAGAUAAACAUCAGUGCGCCAGUUGGAGGUGGACCAGUAACUCACACAGUCUCAUCUCUCACUGCUGGAACUAAAUACACAUUCACUCUCUUCUCUGUGUUUGAGAAUGUCAGAAGCAGUGGAGUCAACAUCACUGCAGUCACUGCUCCUUCAAACACAGACAGCUUCACAUCAGCAGGCCAAGAUGAGACCAGUAUCACUCUGCAGUGGAAUAAAGUCAACAACAACGUCAGCUUCAUUCUCCAGUUUAAUGGAUCCGAGAUAAACAUCACUGCACCAGUUGGAGGUGGACCAGUAACUCACACAGUCUCAUCUCUCACUGCUGGAACUAAAUACACAUUCACUCUCUUCUCUGUGUUUGAGGACGUCAGAAGCAGUGGAGUCAACAUCACUGCAGUCACUGCUCCUCCAAACACAGACAGCUUCAGAUCAGCAGGCCAAGAUGAGACCAGUAUCACUCUGCAGUGGAAUAAAGUCAACAACAAUGUCAGCUUCAUUCUCCAGUUUAAUGGAACAGAGAUAAACAUCAGUGCACCAGUUGGAGGUGGACCAGUAACUCACACAGUCUCAUCUCUCACUGCUGGAACUAAAUACACAUUCACUCUCUUUUCUGUGUUUGAGAACGUCAGAAGCAGUGGAGUCAACAUCACUGCAGUCACUGCUCCUUCAAACACAGACAGCUUCAGAUCAGCAGGACAAGAUGAGACCAGUAUCACUCUGCAGUGGAAUAAAGUCAACAACAACAUCAGCUUCAUUCUCCAGUUUAAUGGAACGGAGAUAAACAUCAGUGCACCAGUUGGAGGUGGACCAGUAACUCACACAGUCUCAUCUCUCACUGCUGGAACUAAAUACACAUUCACUCUCUUCUCUGUGUUUGAGAACGUCAGAAGCAGUGGAGUCAACAUCACUGCAGUCACUGCUCCUUCAAACACAGACAGCUUCAGAUCAGCAGGACAAAAUGAGACCAGUAUCACUCUGCAGUGGAAUAAAGUCAACAACAACAUCAGCUUCAUUCUCCAGUUUAAUGGAACCGAGAUAAACAUCAGUGCACCAGUUGGAGGUGGACCAGUAACUCACACAGUCUCAUCUCUCACUGCUGGAACUAAAUACACAUUCACUCUCUUCUCUGUGUUUGAGGACAUCAGAAGCAGUGGAGUCAACAUCACUGCAGUCACUGCUCCUUCCAACACAGACAGCUUCAGAUCAGCAGGACAAAAUGAGACCAGUAUCACUCUGCAGUGGAAUAAAGUCAACAACAACGUCAGCUUCAUUCUCCAGUUUAAUGGAACAGAGAUAAACAUUAGUGCACCAGUUGGAGGUGGACCAGUAACUCACACAGUCUCAUCUCUCACUGCUGGAACUAAAUACACAUUCACUCUCUUCUCUGUGUUUGAGCACGUCAGAAGCAGUGGAGUCAACAUCACCGCAGUCACAACUCCUUCCAACACAGACAGCUUCAGAUCGGCAGAACAAGAUGAGACCAGUAUCACUCUGCAGUGGAAUAAAGUCAACAACAACGUCAGCUUCAUUCUCCAGUUUAAUGGAACAGAGAUAAACAUCAGUGCACCAGUUGGAGGUGGACCAGUAACUCACACAGUCUCAUCUCUCACUGCUGGAACUAAAUACACAUUCACUCUCUUCUCUGUGUUUGAGAAUGUCAGAAGCAGUGGAGUCACCGUCAUUGCAGUCACUGCUCCUCCAAACACUGACAGCUUCAGAUCAGCAGGACAAGAUGAGACCAGUAUCACUCUGCAGUGGAAUAAAGUCAACAACAACGUCAGCUUCAUUCUCCAGUUUAAUGGAACAGAGAUAAACAUUAGUGCACCAGUUGGAGGUGGACCAGUAACUCACACAGUCUCAUCUCUCACUGCUGGAACUAAAUACACAUUCACUCUCUUCUCUGUGUUUGAGCACGUCAGAAGCAGUGGAGUCAACAUCACUGCAGUCACUGCUCCUCCAAACACUGACAGCUUCAGAUCAGCAGGCCAAGAUGAGACCAGUAUCACUCUGCAGUGGAAUAAAGUCAACAACAACGUCAGCUUCAUUCUCCAGUUUAAUGGAACAGAGAUAAACAUCAGUGCACCAGUUGGAGGUGGACCAGUAACUCACACAGUCUCAUCUCUCACUGCUGGAACUAAAUACACAUUCACUCUCUUUUCUGUGUUUGAGAACGUCAGAAGCAGUGGAGUCAGCAUCACUGCAGUCACUGCUCCUUCAAACACAGACAGCUUCAGAUCAGCAGGACAAAAUGAGACCAGUAUCACUCUGCAGUGGAAUAAAGUCAACAACAACGUCAGCUUCAUUCUCCAGUUUAAUGGAACAGAGAUAAACAUUAGUGCACCAGUUGGAGGUGGACCAGUAACUCACACAGUCUCAUCUCUCACUGCUGGAACUAAAUACACAUUCACUCUCUUCUCUGUGUUUGAGAUCGUCAGAAGCAGUGGAGUCAACAUCACUGCAGUCACUGCUCCUUCCAACACAGACAGCUUCAGAUCAGCAGGACAAGAUGAGACCAGUAUCACUCUGCAGUGGAAUAAAGUCAACAACAACGUCAGCUUCAUUCUCCAGUUUAAUGAAACAGAGAUAAACAUCAGUGCACCAGUUGGAGGUGGACCAGUAACUCACACAGUCUCAUCUCUCACUGCUGGAACUAAAUACACAUUCACUCUCUUCUCUGUGUUUGAGGACAUCAGAAGCAGUGGAGUCAACAUCACUGCAGUCACUGCUCCUCCAAACACAGACAGCUUCAGAUCAGCAGGACAAAAUGAGACCAGUAUCACUCUGCAGUGGAAUAAAGUCAACAACAACGUCAGCUUCAUUCUCCAGUUUAAUGGAACAGAGAUAAACAUCACUGCACCAGUUGGAAGUGGACCAGUAACGCACACAGUCUCAUCUCUCACUGCUGGAACUAAAUACACAUUCACUCUCUUCUCUGUGUUUGAGGACGUCAGAAGCAGUGGAGUCAACAUCACUGCAGUCACUGCUCCUUCAAACACAGACAGCUUCAGAUCAGCAGGACAAGAUGAGACCAGUAUCACUCUCCAGUGGAAUAAAGUCAACAACAACGUCAGCUUCAUUCUCCAGUUUAAUGGAACAGAGAUAAACAUCCGUGCACCAGUUGGAGGUGGACCAGUAACUCACACAGUCUCAUCUCUCACUGCUGGAACUAAAUACACAUUCACUCUCUUCUCUGUGUUUGAGGAUGUCAGAAGCAGUGGAGUCAACAUCACUGCAGUCACAGCUCCUUCCAACACAGACAGCUUCAGAUCAGCAGGACAAAAUGAGACCAGUAUCACUCUGCAGUGGAAUAAAGUCAACAACAACGUCAGCUUCAUUCUCCAGUUUAAUGGAACAGAGAUAAACAUCACUGCACCAGUUGGAGGUGGACCAGUAACUCACACAGUCUCAUCUCUCACUGCUGGAACUAAAUACACAUUCACUCUCUUCUCUGUGUUUGAGAACGUCAGAAGCAGUGGAGUCAACAUCACUGCAGUCACUGCUCCUCCAAACACAGACAGCUUCACACCAGCAGGCCAAGAUGAGACCAGUAUCACUCUGCAGUGGAAUAAAGUCAACAACAACGUCAGCUUCAUUCUCCAGUUUAAUGGAACAGAGAUAAACAUCACUGCACCAGUUGGAGGUGGACCAGUAACUCACACAGUCUCAUCUCUCACUGCUGGAACUAAAUAUACAUUCACUCUCUUCUCUGUGUUUGAGGAUGUCAGAAGCAGUGGAGUCACCGUCAUUGCAGUCACAGCUCCUUCCAACACAGACAGCUUCAGAUCAGCAGGACAAGAUGAGACCAGUAUCACUCUGCAGUGGAAUAAAGUCAACAACAACGUCAGCUUCAUUCUCCAGUUUAAUGGAACAGAGAUAAACAUCAGUGCACCAGUUGGAGGUGGACCAGUAACUCACACAGUCUCAUCUCUCACUGCUGGAACUAAAUACACAUUCACUCUCUUCUCUGUGUUUGAGAACGUCAGAAGCAGUGGAGUCAACAUCACUGCAGUCACUGCUCCUCCAAACACAGACAGCUUCACAUCAGCAGGACAAGAUGAGACCAGUAUCACUCUGCAGUGGAAUAAAGUCAACAACAACGUCAGCUUCAUUCUCCAGUUUAAUGGAACAGAGAUAAACAUCAGUGCACCAGUUGGAGGUGGACCAGUAACUCACACAGUCUCAUCUCUCACUGCUGGAACUAAAUAUACAUUCACUCUCUUCUCUGUGUUUGAGAAAAUCAGAAGCAGUGGAGUCACCGUCAUUGCAGUCACAGCUCCUUCCAACACAGACAGCUUCAGAUCAGCAGGACAAAAUGAGACCAGUAUCACUCUGCAGUGGAAUAAAGUCAACAACAACGUCAGCUUCAUUCUCCAGUUUAAUGGAACAGAGAUAAACAUCAGUGCACCAGUUGGAGGUGGACCAGUAACUCACACAGUCUCAUCUCUCACUGCUGGAACUGAAUACACAUUCACUCUCUUCUCUGUGUUUGAGAAUGUCAGAAGCAGUGGAGUCAGCAUCACUGCAGUCACUACACCUCACAAUGUUGUUGGAUUAAAGAUCAAAUUGAAGUCAUCUACUCAGCUGUCGGACUCAGACAUACAGACUUUGUUGGAGGAGGUCUUUAGACAAAAUGGAUUGUCACCUCAGUUGUUUUCCCUCAUGGUUAAGUCUGUUGAGUCAUGAGACCAGUGGAGGAAAUUUGAGAAGAAAUGGAGGAGUAUGGAUCUGCAAUGCAAAGACAUUUGCCAUUUUGAAGUUCUUUCACUGAAGCAAAACAACAAAAACUAAUGAUGUUUAUCAGAUUCCAGUGGAAUACAGAGGAAGCAAAAUGUAUCUUCUUUCAAAGUAUUUUUCAAGAUCUUUAUGGUGCUUUUUCACAGCUUUUUGAAAGUGUCCAGCGGUGAGUAACGCUUUCAUUUCCUUUGUGUGUGACACUGUGGGAAAAUAGUGUCCAUUGGCUCCAAAGAGAUCUGCAUUGACUUUGAUUAUGCAUACUGUUUGAUAUGAGUUUUCUUCAUUAAUUUGUGAACAUACUCAAAACCUGCAUCAGUUGAGUAGUUUGGAUUUCAGAAUGUAAUGACUGUAGCAGUCAAAUAGAGACAACUUUAUGAAUUAUUUUUGCAUCAAUUUGAUAUUUUGUAAAUGGUCUCAAUGUAGCUCUAAAAGCAUCAGGAGUCCUUUCCAAAACAAUAAACUACACUCACCUUUUC